UUAAUAAUGAUGGCUUAUUCCUCAGGUACGCCCAGGAAGAAACUUUCCAGGGAGAUCUUACUUGAAGCACUGAUAAAGGUUUUGCACAGCUAUGAUGGCAUCUACUUGGGAUAUACAGGCCCACGAGGACCAGGAUGAACUUUUGGAAAUAAAGAUAGAGGAGGAAGAGGAAGAGAAGUAUACCACCAGACAGGAUCAGAACCUGCAAAAGAACAACACCCAUAGCAGAGAGAUCUUCCGACGGUACUUCAGACAAUUCUGCUACCAGGAAACAUCUGGACCCCGUGAGGCUUUAAGCCGACUUCGGGAACUUUGCCACCAGUGGCUUAGGCCAGAGACCCACACCAAAGAACAGAUUCUGGAGCUGCUGGUGCUGGAGCAGUUCCUUACCAUCCUACCGGAGGAGCUCCAGUCCUGGGUGCAGGAGCAGCAUCCAGAGAGUGGGGAGGAGGUGGUAACUGUGCUGGAGGAUUUAGAGAGAGAGCUGGAUGAGCCAGGAGAUCAGGUCUCAGUCCAUAUUGGGGAACAGGAAGUAUUCUUGCAGGAGAUGGUACUUAUAGGAACAGAACGAGAACACAGUAUGUCCCUCCAGUCCAUAAAAGCCCAGCUAAAGUGUGAAUCUCCGGAACUUGGAGUCGAGCAGGAACAAGUUUCAGAUGUUGAGACUGGAAAUGAGUACAGUAAUUUAACUCUAAAGCAAGAAGUUUCUGAAGAAAUGGAACCAUAUGGGAAUACAUCUAGCAGAUUUGAAAAUGACAUACCUCGGUCUACUAGGUGUGGAGAGACUCAUGAACCUGAAGAAAAAACGGAAGAGCCUUCUGGAUACUCCAGGGAAGAUAAACAACCUACAUGUGAUGAAAAUGGAGCAAGUCUGACUGAGAACUCAGACCAUACUGAACACCAGGGAAUCUGUCCAGGAGAAAAAUCUUAUGAAUGUGAUGACUGUGGAAAAGCAUUCAGUCAAAAAUCAAGCCUCUUAGAACAUCAGAGGAUCCAUACCGGAGACAGGCCCUACAAAUGCGAAGAAUGUGGAAAAGCUUUCCGAGGAAGAACUGUGCUUAUUCGACACAAAAUAGUACACACUGGAGAGAAACCAUACAAAUGUAAUGAGUGUGGCAAAGCCUUUGGCCGGUGGUCAGCUCUUAAUCAACAUCAGAGACUCCACACAGGAGAGAAACACUACCACUGUAAUGAAUGUGGCAAAGCCUUUAGUCAGAAAGCAGGCCUCUUUCACCAUCUCAAGAUCCACACAAGAGAUAAACCUUACCAGUGUACUCAGUGUAAUAGAAGUUUCAGUCGGCGUUCCGUACUUACUCAGCAUCAAGGAGUUCACACUGGUGCAAAGCCCUAUGAGUGCAAUGAGUGUGGAAAAGCCUUUGUUUAUAAUUCAUCCCUUGUUUCCCAUCAGGAAAUCCACCACAAAGAAAAGUGCUACCAGUGUAAGGAUUGUGGGAAAUCCUUCAGUCAGAGUGGCCUUAUUCAGCAUCAAAGAAUUCACACUGGAGAAAAACCCUACAAAUGUGAUGUAUGUGAAAAAUCCUUUAUUCAAAAGGCAAGUCUUACAGAACAUCAGCGAAUUCACACUGGAGAGAGACCCUAUAAAUGUAAUAAGUGCGGGAAGGCUUUUACCCAAAGAUCAGUCCUCACGGAACAUCAGAGAAUCCACACUGGAGAGAGGCCCUACAAGUGCGAUGAGUGUGGGAAUGCCUUCCGAGGAAUCACCAGCCUCAUUCAGCAUCACAGAAUCCACACUGGGGAGAAACCUUACCAAUGUGAUGAUUGUGGAAAAGCCUUCAGACAGAGGUCAGAUCUUAGUAAACACCAGAGAAUCCAUAAUAGAAUUAGUCCCUAUAUAUGUAAAGAAUGUGGGAAAUCAUUCAGGCAGAAUUCAGCUCUUACUCAACAUCAGUCUAUCCACAAAGGAGAAAAAUCUGUUUCUGUGUGAUGACUAC